AUGGGUGUGUUCACACCUGGAUUGGAUUUGGAUUGGAUUGAUGUUGGUUACACGAAUCGUGUUCUGCAAAUCUGGAUUGAAUCUGGAUUGGCCCAAUCCAAUACAAAUCUCCACAUGUAUACUUUCGUCACGUUUUAUUCUAAGCCACGCUUAUUUAUUUAUUAUACACCUCCUCCUCUCAUAACAGCGCACAUAGUAUUCUGCCCUUUUACUAAAGUUGAAGAAAGUUUUAACCUUCAAGCAAUUCAUGACCUAAUGGAAUACGGAAUAAGUCAGGAUUCCUUGAAAAAAUUUGAUCAUUUUGAAUUUCCUGGUGUUGUUCCUCGCACUUUUGUUGGCCCUUUACUUUUGAGUAGUGUUAGUUGGCCUACAAGUAAAAUAUUGGAGUUUUUUGCUCCUCACCUAAGCAAAUUUUCUCGUCAAUACGUGUUCUUUGCUCUUUCAAAAUUUCGUUCAUCAAUUUCUAAAACAUUUGGAAAGGAAGUUUCAAUUGCUUUUAGUCUAUUAAGCGCUUGCCAAUUUCACACCAUAUUUUGGGCAAGUAGAACAUUGCCAAAUAUACUGGCUUUCCCAUUUGUUAUUAUCGCCUUUUCUCAUUGGAUUUCUGCUAUUUCCUCUACUGAACCAAAAAGGAAAUUGUUGUCGACUAUUCGCUAUAUGACUUUUACUACAAUUAUAUUUAGAUUUGAAUUGAUCCUACUAUUAAUUCCAAUUGUACUUUUGGAAUUAUCGUUAGGAAGUUUACGUUUUCUGGAUGCAAUAAGAGUUGGAAUGUUUAUAACAUUAAUUAGUUUAUUAAUAUCUAUAAUAAUCGAUUCAUAUUUCUGGAAUGAAAAAAUAAUGUGGCCAGAAGGGUUCGUCUUUUAUUUUAAUGCAAUUCUUGGAAAAAGUAUCGAAUGGGGUGUAAUAUCAGGCCCAUUAAGUAUUCUUUCUAUGUUUGUUGAUGCUCGCACACGCAGAUUUUUAUUACCUGCCAUAUCUUUAAUAAUUGGGCUUUCUUUCAUUGGACACAAAGAAUGGCGAUUUAUUGUUUAUACUGUGCCAAUAUUCAAUAUUUGCGCAGCUAUUGGAUGGGUCUGGAUACAACUUAGAUCAGUAUUUAUUCAUCGAAUAAUCAUUACUCUUUUAUUUGCAAGUUUCAUGGCAAGCACGGCAAUGAUGAUUAUAUCAAGCCACAAUUAUCCUGGAGGAAUGGCUUUGCAAAGAUUACAUUUUAUCCAAAGUGAUUACCCCCAAGCUCGUAUACAUCUUGAUGUAUAUACGGCAAUGACCGGGGCAUCUCGAUUUGGACAACUUUACAAUGAUUGGGAAUAUAGUAAGAAUGAGAACCAUUCCAAACCCAUAGAAUAUGUUGGAUAUACCCACAUUUUGACAUCUAAUCCUCAUAUUCAUAAUGAAUAUUUCGAACCAAUUGAUAUUAUUUAUGGAUAUGAAAGAAUUCAACUUGAAAAUCCAAGUCACAUAAUACGAAAUUGGUUCAAUUUUUCAAGAAAUCUUGAUAAUAUAGAUUCUUUAAUGCCGGCAAAAAUUAUUAUUGGACCAAAGGUCUGGAUAAUGAAAAGAAAACCAAAACUUGUAUAUGAUAAUACAGAAAAGAUUCAGAAGUAA